GCCGCCGCGCCGGCGGUAUAAAAGGCGAGGCGAGAGGCGCCGCGGUUCUCUCUCGGCUACGAGAUGUCUAAAGCGGUCAUGUCAGAGGACGGUGCGGACUAUAGAUCUAAUGAUCAUGGCUCCCCUGAUGGAAUGGAACCAGAAGGAGUCAUUGAGAGUAACUGGACUGAGAUUGUUGAUAACUUUGAUGACAUGAAUCUACGUGAAAACCUCCUUCGUGGAAUCUAUGCCUACGGGUUUGAAAAACCAUCUGCUAUCCAGCAGCGAGCCAUUCUUCCCUGCAUCAGGGAGUAUGAUGUCAUUGCCCAGGCUCAGUCAGGAACAGGCAAGACAGCUACGUUUGCCAUUUCUAUCUUGCAACAGCUAGAUGUGGAGCUGAAGGAGACACAGGCCUUGGUCCUGGCCCCAACCCGAGAGCUGGCUCUGCAGAUUCAAAAGGUCAUUGUGGCUUUGGGAGACUACAUGGGUGGAACCUGCUUCUCCUGCAUUGGUGGCACCAGCAUCAGGUCUGACAUGCAGAAGUUUCAGCUGGAAGCACCGCACAUUGUUGUAGGGACCCCAGGCCGUGUGUUUGAUAUGAUGAACCGUCAACACCUUUCUACAAGGUACAUCAAGAUGUUUGUUUUGGAUGAAGCAGAUGAAAUGCUGAGCAGAGGAUUUAAGGACCAGAUCUAUGAAAUAUUUCAGAAACUUAACACCUCCAUUCAGGUGGUUUUGCUGUCUGCUACAAUGCCUUCUGAUGUUCUGGAGGUGACGAAGAAGUUCAUGCGCGAUCCAAUUCGUAUCCUUGUGAAGAAGGAGGAGCUGACACUGGAGGGUAUCAGGCAGUUCUACAUAAAUGUGGAGCGAGAGGAGUGGAAGUUGGACACACUCUGUGAUCUGUAUGAAACUCUGACCAUCACUCAAGCUGUGAUAUUCAUCAACACCAGGAGGAAGGUGGAUUGGCUGACUGAGAAAAUGCUUGCCAGAGAUUUCACAGUUUCUGCAUUGCACGGUGACAUGGAGCAGAAGGAGAGAGACCUCAUUAUGCGAGAGUUCCGCUCUGGAUCUAGCCGUGUUCUCAUUACUACUGACUUGCUGGCCCGUGGGAUUGAUGUGCAGCAAGUCUCCUUGGUUAUCAACUAUGAUCUGCCUUCAAACCGUGAGAACUACAUUCAUAGAAUUGGCCGUGGAGGCCGUUUUGGGCGUAAAGGUGUUGCCAUUAAUCUAAUCACUGAAGAAGACAGACGGACGCUUCGUGACAUUGAGUCGUUCUACAACACUACUGUGGAUGAGAUGCCGAUGAAUGUGGCCGAUCUGAUCUAAGUUGAUUCUGAGAAGCUGUGAUUGAGGCUGUGAAUGCUGACUGUUUACCUGCAAUCCCAGAUUCUCUCUUUAAACUGUUGAGUGUCGCCUGGAUGCUCAGAACUGAUCAUUGUGUACAACACUGUUGGUGGUCAGCUUGCUUUUGGAGGCAUUCCUCGUCCUUCCUCCUUGAAAGGUUCAGACUGGUAUGGGGUGGGUAAAGAAAAUACUUAUGGGGUCAUUAAAAAUUCUGGGUAAGUACCUUUUUGGGCCCAGUCUUAUCUUAGAUUUAGUAGCAUUAGAUAUUCUUCAUCAUGUAACCAUGUACUUGCGGACCAGGAAGUAUCACCGAUGUUUGAAGUCUGCCAACUAUGUGAAGCCAGCUUACUUCAGGAUAAUGUUUUAGGAUUUGAAGUGCAGUGUGGGAUAGCAUUCUGGGUGUGUGUGCUAAUCAUGGACAGAGAAAGUGUACAAAUCUUGCAUUCUGUAUAGUAUUUAUUAAAUGCCGUUCAAUAAAUUUGUAUUUGUUUACGUGCAUUGUUCUGGGAAUCUUCAAUAACAUCCUCUGUUGGAAUAGGGCAUGGGUUGAUUUUUUAGUGUAAUGGAGCCUUUCUCCAGUGCCCAUAGUAUUAGAAUGGGGAGCGGCUGGAAUUACUGUAGCUUGCAACACUUGUGCACAGAGCAUUCUCAAUGUUGCUGGGCAGGGCUACACAUCUGUAGCCUUCUGGAUGCCAAACUAUCGUGUAUAGGGCCAGUUUGAGGCCAUCUCACCACCCUGUUACUUAAAAGAAAAUUCCUCUUGCCUGAACUACAGCAAGUUGUUGAGCUCACCUUAUGUUGCUGCAGAGUAGUGUCCCGUGUCUUGUGCUUUGGAUGUUGCACUUUAUAAAUCCAUGUAUUAUUGAACAUUAAACUUGGUAAACACCCA